AUGCCUCUCACCGUGCUCAGCGACCACGAUGUGAGUCGCAUCCUGCAUUCCUUCACCAAAGAGGAUAUCCUCGCCCUCCAAGAGAACAUGGCAGACGCCCUGCACUGGUAUUCUACGUCCAACGACGAUAAUGAUUACUGCUCCGACUUCCAACCGGAGCGCGUGCAGCUGAAGCGAAAGGACGGCUCGACCACGCUUUUCCUGCCGGCAAACGGAUGCAAGGGACAAGGCGUCAAGAUCAUCAAUGUCGUCCCUCCGGAUGCCCUUGGAGGCCUGCCCAGCCUCAUCAACGCGGAAGAAGUCACCGCAUUCCGCACCGCCUUGUGCUCCACCAUGAUGCUGAGAAAGCGGCAUUCUGUUCACGACCUGACCGUCUUUGGCGCCGGAAAGCAGGCGUAUUGGCAUAUUCGCUUGGCCCUUCUGCUUCGCGGGGACGAAAUCCACCACCUCAACAUCAUCACGCGCAAGUUCGAAAGCGCUCGGAAAUGUGUCAUGCGGCUAUACAACCCCCAGCCCGAUGACCCGGGAUACGUCAAUCCUAUAGGAUCAAAGUACAACAGUCGGGCCAAGAAGAACAUUCUAACCCCCGCGCACACCGAAUACCAACGGCUGGUCAAGGAAUAUGUUCGAGCGAGCAAUGUCAUCUUCUGCUGCACUCCGUCCGAAAGCCCCUUGUUUCCUGCCAGCUAUCUGAUCAAUCCGGAGGGCCGCAAGAAGGGGCGAUACAUCGCCUGCAUUGGCAGCUACAAGGCAAACAUGAUUGAGUUGCAUCCGGACGUACUGCGCUAUGCUGUGGCUCCUCAUCACGAACAUCGCCACAUCCAUAAGCGGCAGAAAGAAGGCGGCGCCAUCAUCGUCGAUAGUGUGACCGGCUGUCUAAGAGAGGCCGGAGAGGUCGUGCAGGCAAAGCUACUGCCCGAUCAGGUCGUGGAGCUUGGAGAACUCUUCAUGUUGAAGAAGGAGGCCGAGCGGAAGUCGAGGGAGAAGGGACAACAUGCGGAGGGCGGAUGCGCGUUUCAGGACAAUAGCGGCCUGAUGGAGUGGCUGACUCGCGGGAAUGUCAUAUAUAAAAGCGUUGGACUUGGGCUCAUGGACAUUGUGGUUGGUGGCUUUAUGAUUGAGUGGGCAAAGGAGAGGGAUAUCGGAACGACAAUACCCAAUUUCUGA